AUGUCGGAUGACAACGAAAAAAUCAGUAUCGGAAGUGUGUCUGGCAGUUGGACAGAAAAUGAAAGUCAGUAUAGUUCAACAUGGAGAGAGCUAGAAGCUGUUAAGAGGGUUGUCAAGAACAAAGCAAAGGCAACUUUGAUUAUUCCAGAAUGGAAAUCAUCUCCAUUCUGGCCGAUGUUGUUUGAUGGAUUAAAAUUGCAGUCGUUUGUAAACAGAGCAGUACAAGAUAGUGGUGUCCCUUUGACAAGUAAACUGGGAAACCUUAGCAACCACAUGUCAAAUUUUCAGCGAUGGAAGAAGUUUAUCAGCGAUCAUAGUUACAGUGAAAUUCCAGCAAAACCUGUGCGUGUUGCGUUAUAUAUAACCCAUUUAUUGGAUAAUGGUGCAUCUUAUUCCACCGUGAAUUCUACAAUUUAUUCGAUCAAAUGGAUGCACAGUUUAUGCGGUUUGGAUGAUCCCACAGAAAAUUCGUUUGUAAAAUCACUUCAAGAAUCGGCAAAAAGAUUAGCUGCAAAACCUGUGCGUAGGAAAGAUCCCAUCGACAACGAUAUGUUGCAGAGUUUAUGUUCAUUGCAUAAAGACACAGACGAUGUUUUAAUUUUAAGAAAUUUAGCAAUGAUACUGUUAGGAUUUGCAGGGUUUUUGAGAUUCGACGAGAUUAGCUCUUUAAAAUGUAGCAAUAUUUUGGUUGGAGAUGAUUAUUUAAAGCUUUUUAUUGAAAAAAGUAAAAAUGAUCAGUUGAGAGAAGGUAACGAAGUGUUAAUAGCUAAGGAUGUUAUAUGCGCUUGUCCAUACAAUAUGUUUUUGCGUUAUGUAUAUGCAGCAAAUAUUAAUUUGUUGUCUUCCGAUUUUAUUUUUAAGCCAGUGUUCAGAAGCAAAGGUGUUGCAAAGUUGAUAAAUAAAAAUAAACCCAUUAGUUACACAGCAGCAAAAGAAAACAUUGUAAGUAUGUUGAAAUCUGUGGCUCCGAAUUUAAAUAUUGGAAUUCACUCACUUAGGUCAGGUGGUGCUUCUGUUGCAGCCAAUUCAAAUGUUGACGAAAGAUGUAUACAAAGACACGGUCGUUGGAAAUGUGUUUCAAGAAGAAAUGCAAACACAGCACACAAAAAAGAACAUCCUAAUGUGGCAUAUCGAUUAAACUUUCACAAAAAAGAACAUCCUAAUGUGGCAUGUCGAUUAAACUUUCAAAACUGCACUGAUUUCAAUUAUCAUAUUGAUGAGCGUUUUCAAGAGAAUGUUCCUCUCACACUGGACGAAGAAGAGAAAUUGAAUGUACAAAAAUUUUGA